ACCGUAUAUAUUAUAGUAACAUUUGAAUUUCUUGGUUACAGUUCUCCUCCUUGUCAUCUUCCCUUUGGCUUCUUCUUUUCUUCUUCCGAUACUUCUGUCAAACACACACAAAGAGUGUGUUUGUGUGUGUGUUUGUCAAAACUCAAUAAAUUAUAUUAAACCCCCUUUAUUUUAUUUUUCCUACUAUAAAUACCCAUAUCAUUCACUUUCUCUCACAAAUUACACACACACAGGGAAGAUACAUACAUAUAACAUAUACAUACACAUAUACAUACAAAAAAAUGGUGCAGCUGCAUGAACUAGUAGAUAAUGGAAAACCAGAGGAGAAGAAGGUGAAGUUCAGCAUCAACGACAACAUGGACGUUCUUAUUGAAAUACUCAAGAGAUUGGACGACCGCUCACUCGGCGUCGCCGCCUGCGUCUGCCGCCUCUGGUGCUCCUUGACACGGAACGACGCCCUGUGGGAGCACCUCUGCUUCCGCCACCUCUCUCCGCCGCCGGAGGGUGUCAGGACCGUCGUCGUCGCCCUCGGAGGUUACCGGAGGCUCUACAUGCUCUGCGUCAAGCCGGUUCUCAGCCGCCUGGGGAAGAUGACGGUGCGCGGCGGCGGUGGCGGCGGCGCCGCCGCGGAGCUGGAGAGGAGGGUUAGGACUCGGCAUGAGGUGGAGCUCUCACUGUCGUUGUUCUGUGUUGAUUAUUAUGAGAGGGUGUUGGUCAGCGGCGGCGGAAGGCUUGGCGGUGGGGGUGGUGGUGAUUCGGCUUCGCCGCCGCCGUCGUCGCUCAUGUUCCUUUGCAAAGCCGUGAACGUUUGAUUUUUGGAAAUUUAUUUAUUUAUUUUAUUUAUUUAUUUGUUUACUACUUAUGGUUAAUUUAUUUAUUAUUGUUUUUUUAUUUUUAUUUUCAUUUAGGGAAUAAAAUUAAUAAAUCCAGUCUUUUAUUCUCACUUCUUGAA